AUGGAGCCCAAGUGGAAGACGCGGCAGGAGCAGCGCACCAACGGCAGCAUGGACGAGCCGCCCAUCCCGGCGUGGGGGUGGCCGGCGGGCGGCGACGUGCAUCCCACGGCGUGGCAACACAGCCUCGAAUACUUUCUCGUUGCAGACCUGCUGCAACCACCCUCGAAGAGAGACGCUGGAGUGGCAGCAGUGAGGGUGAGCGACCCCGCACACGCGGACGUGUUUCUCGUGCCCUUCUUCGCGUCCACCAUGGUCAACCUGCUCCGAAGAAAGAACUUCCCCACCUACAAGGCUCUCGCAAUGGAGAUGGCGGAGCUGAUGAGCGCGUCGCCCUGGUGGCAGCGGCGAGGAGGCAGGGACCACGUGCUGUGUGUCACCCACCCCAACGCCCUGGAGUCCGUGCGGCACCACAUGGCUGCUGCUGCAUUUGUCGCUGUGGACCUCGCCAGGUACGAACCAGGGGAGGCGGAUCUGCACAAGGACAUCAUAGCACCUUACGGGGCGCUGGUGGAGACUUACACUGCAGAGGCCGAGAGGCGGGACGCCCAAGGAGGGCUUGCAGGAGGAGGCAGGGGAGGAGGUCCGGCAGCAGUAGCCGAAGCUGAAGCUGAGGCUGGGAGCCGCCUGGGGAUGGGGAGGGAUGGGGGUGGCGAUAGGGAGACGGGAAAGGAUGGGGAGGGGGGCGAUACUGGUGAAGGGGAGGGGAGUGACGGUUUGCAUGGGCAAGUGACCGGAGGGGAAGCAGGAGCAGCAGGGAAAGGAGCAGUAGCAGGUGGUGCCGCUGCUGCUGCUGCUGUGGAUACAGGAGGAGCGGAUGCGGGUGUGUUUGCGCGGCGCACCACACUGCUCUACUUCCAGGGCACGCUGCAACGCAAGGAUGUGAGUGUGUGGGAACAACAGGGGUGCGUGGUUACAGGGGUGCGUGGUUACAGGGCGAGGCGAUUUGCUUCGGCGCAAGGCCCUAUUCGACGACUACAGGGGGGGUCGGACGCGCAUGUGAGGAAAGCUGCCUAUCCACAAUUCCCCCUUAUUGUUCUCUGCCUUCUCUUCGAUACCCCUCUCCCCUCCUUCCCCCCUCAGCGGCGCAAGGCCCUGUUUGACGAGCUACAGGGGGAGGCGGAUGUGCAUGUGAGGGAGGCUUCGGGGUCCAGCCAGUCCAUCCGUGAUUCCCAGGAGGGCAUGCGGCAGUCACGCUUCUGUCUGCACGUGGAGGGCGACACACCAUCCUCCUCCCGGUUCUUCAAUGCCAUCAUGAGUGGGUGUGUGCCGGUGGUCGUCAGUGAUAACGUGGAGCUGCCCUUCGAGUCAGUCAUCGACUACUCGCGCCUCACGCUCUUCUUCUCCCAACAGGACGCCUUGGUCAAAGGCCGUCUGGUCUCCGCGCUGCGCCAGGUGUCGGAACAGGAGUGGCUGGCGAUGUGGCACGAGGUGCACCAAGUGCAGAAGCACUUUGAGUUCCAGCAACCAGCAAGGGCAGGAGAUGCAGUGGACAUGGUGUGGCGGGAGGUGCGCAACCGACUGCCCAGCAUGCACCUCAUGGCUCACCGCGACACACGCCUCACCAUCCCCGACUGGAGUGCCUGA